CUUCUUCAAUUCUCGAUGGAGAACGAACGUGAGAUUUCCUUUUCACGUGCAACUCACACGCAAUAUUUUACUGGUGACGAUGAAGAAGAAAAGUUGGGAGAUACAGAAGACGAAGAAGAUUUGUUGGGAAAUGAAGAAGAAGAGAGUUCGAGGGAUAGUCGGAGGUUGUUGUUCACGUGCGGAGGCGGUUGCCGUCGCCGAACAACUUGGUCUCUGGGGCAAGUUUUCGACCCGAGAGCCAAAUGGUUUCAGGAAUGGAAUAGGGUUUUCCGCCUCGUGUGCGCAACGGGUCUCUUCGUGGACCCGUUGUUCUUCUACGCCCUUUCGGUCAGCGAAACAUGCAUGUGCCUCUUCGUCGACGGGUGGUUCGCCAUCACCGUGACGGCGCUUCGGUGCAUGACCGACGCGUUGCACGUGUGGAACAUGUGGUUGCAGCUCAAGAUGAUAAACCGAUCGUCGGACGCCCGCCGCCAUGAUAAAAGAAGUGGAAGUGAGAACGAAGAGGAAAGAGAUGGCAGAGGAGAAAGAAGCAACCGCCCUCGUGGCGGCGCGAGUGCUCGCCGCCGAGUGGCCUUCAAAUACUUGAAAGCAAAGAAAGGAUUCUUCUUUGAUCUCUUUGUGAUCCUACCUCUACCUCAGAUUGUACUAUGGGUUGCAAUUCCAUCUUUACUGGAGAAAGGAUCAGUAACCCUAGUGACGACGGUGUUCCUCAUCAUCUUCCUCUUCCAAUACCUUCCGAAGAUAUACCACUCCGUUUGCCUCCUACGCCGUCUGCAGAACCUUUCCGGCUACAUCUUCGGAACCGUCUGGUGGGGAAUCGCUCUCAACUUGAUUGCUUAUUUCGUCGCUUCACACGCGGUGGGGGCGUGUUGGUAUUUGCUAGGGAUUAAGAGAUCGGCCAAGUGCCUGAAAGAGCAAUGUAGAGGAAUAGAGAAUUGUGAUAUGAGAUUAUUGGCUUGCAAAGACCCAAUUUACUACGGGACAAGAAGCAUGAUGAGGGAUAGAGCAAGGCUGCUCUGGGCAGAAAACAAGCAAGCAAGAAGCAUAUGCAUUGAAGGAUCCGAUAACUACGAUUACGGAGCUUAUAAAUGGACCGUUCAGCUCGUCACCAAUGAGAGUCGACUCGAGAAAAUACUUUUCCCCAUCUUCUGGGGUCUUAUGACUCUCAGCACAUUUGGGAACUUGGAGAGCACAACAGAAUGGCUAGAAGUUGUCUUCAACAUCAUUGUUCUUACCAGUGGACUUCUUCUCGUCACAAUGUUGAUCGGGAACAUUAAGGUGUUUCUGCAUGCAACUACGUCCAAGAAACAAGCUAUGCAAUUGAAGAUGAGGAACAUCGAGUGGUGGAUGAGGAAGAGGCGCUUGCCUUCAGGGUUCCGGCAUAGGGUCCGUAAUUACGAGCGGCAACGGUGGGCGGCGAUGCGUGGUGUCGAUGAAUGCGAGAUGAUCAAAAAUCUACCCGAGGGGCUCCGGAGGGAUAUCAAGUACCACCUUUGCUUGGAUUUAGUUAGACAGGUACCAUUGUUUCAACACAUGGAUGAUUUGGUCCUAGAAAACAUUUGUGAUCGUGUUAAAUCUUUAAUUUUCACCAAGGGAGAAACUAUAACUAGAGAAGGUGACCCGGUACAAAGAAUGCUGUUUGUAGUUAGGGGACAUCUCCAAAGCAGUCAAGUUCUAAGAGAUGGUGUGAAAAGUUGCUGCAUGUUAGGCCCCGGAAAUUUUAGCGGUGACGAGCUCUUAUCGUGGUGUCUUCGAAGGCCCUUAAUUGAGAGGCUUCCGCCAUCGUGUUCCACACUCGUAACACUCGAAACUACCGAGGCAUUCAGCCUUGAAGCUGAAGACGUUAAAUAUGUCACGCAACAUUUCCGCUACACAUUCAUUAACGAAAAGAUCCAGAUGAGUGCUCGAUAUUAUUCUCCCGGGUGGCGGACAUGGGCAGCAGUUGCGAUUCAGUUGGCUUGGAGGCGGUACAAGCACCGGUUAACUCUCACGUCGUUGUCAUUCAUUCGGCCUCGAAGACCGUUAUCGAGGAGUAAUUCGUUAGGGGAGGACAGGCUCAGGCUUUAUACAGCUAUGUUGACUUCACCGAAGCCAAAUCAAGAAGAUUUUUAUUUUUGAAAAAAGGUUUAAAACGAGGCUUCAUGGAGUUCCGAAGGUCCGGUGUUUCGAGUUUGCAUUUGUUCUGAUAUCAUUUGUGAUGAU